AGUUGCAAAAUCUACGAAUACAGGUUCGUCCUUCGUUUUAUGUUCCUGUACUUAACUCAAAUAAAUAGAUAUGAGUCAAACGCUUGUGAUCGUCGGAGUGCUGGCUGUUGUCGCCACAGUACAAUGCGUCUUUUUUCACCCGCCGAUAGGCGAGAGUCGGUACGAUUCCGACUAUUCACAUCGAGUAGUCGAUUACCGGCGAAGCGACGACCACCAAGCACAAUAUGGAAAUAAUCGACGUUGGGGAUGGGGAAGUUUGAAGAUGAUGUUUAAAAGUGGGGACCCUAAACUAGCUGAAGUUGACUCCGACUCUAGUGACAGUUCUAGACGGUCCUCCGACCAAAGAAGAAAAAGAGAGGCAAUUUUCGACUCUCGAUACCCCCAGUUCCGCGGCACAUUCAGCAUUUAAAGUAAUUUCAUAUUGACGUCUUUGCUGUAAAAAUAAGGCGAAAAGAAGAAAGUGUAGUUUGUCUACAUCAUACACACAUAGGUAUGAAUGAUAUAAUCCAGCCAUAAUAAAAGUUUUCUCAAAGCAAA